CUGUCCCCAGGACCAGUGCAUCUCAGUGCAGCUCUGUGCCGGAGCCCAGGUUUGGGAAGCGGAUAGGAAACGACUUUGGCAUUGGCACGGUGGUGCUGUUUGAAUGCAAUCCAGGCUACGCUCUGCACGGCGCCACUGCCAUCAGGUGUGAGGCCAUCCCGAACACUGUUGCUCAGUGGAACGGCACUGAGCCCACCUGCGUAGUUCCCUGUGGAGGACUGCUGACAUCUCGUAAGGGGACCAUCCUUUCUCCUGGUUACCCAGAGCCCUACGCCAACUAUCUCAACUGUAUCUGGAAGGUCUCUGUGCCAGAGGGAGCAGGCAUCCAAAUCCAGGUCAUAACUUUUGCCACGGAACACAACUGGGACUCCUUGGACUUUUUUGACGGUGUCGAUGGCAACGCGCCAAGGCUUGGCAGCUAUUCAGGUACGACCAUCCCCCAGCUCCUUAACAGCACCUCCAACAACAUCUACCUGACCUUCCAGUCCGACAUCAGUGUGUCUACAGCAGGCUUCCACCUGGAAUAUACAGCAAUAGGUUUGGAUUCAUGCCCAGAACCUCAGCCUCCCCUCAACGGUGUCAAUGUGGGCCAGCGCUUCACUGUGGGGGACAUGGUUUCCUUUCAGUGUGACCAAGGCUACUCUCUGAAGGGUAAUGAAUACAUAACGUGUAUGCCAGGGCCCGUCAGACGAUGGAAUUACCCCGUACCUCUGUGCUUAGCUCAGUGCGGAGGCUCUAUGACAGACUUCAGUGGUGUGAUCCUGAGUCCAGGCUUCCCAGGGAAUUACCUCAGCAGUCUGGACUGUAGCUGGAGCGUACAGCUCCCCGUAGGCUUCGGCAUUCACCUGCAGUUUCUAAACUUCUCUACCGAAGCGGUGCAUGACUAUCUGGAGGUGCUCAGCGGGAGUUUGGAGACGGGUUCUGUGAUCGACAGGUUCAGUGGGUCCGUUGUGCCCGGCUCUCUGUUCAGCACCACACAUGAAACCAGCUUCUUGUUCCACAGUGACUACUCCCAGAACAAACCAGGCUUCCACAUUAUCUACGAGGCCUAUGAGCUCCAGCGCUGCCCUGACCCGAGGCCGUUCCGUAACGGCGUGGUGAUAGGCCGAGACUUCGGGGUGGGCCUGACCAUCUCGUUUGAAUGCCUGCCAGGUUACACCCUGAUAGGAGAGGUCUCACUCACCUGCCUGCAUGGGGUCAGCAGAAACUGGAACUACCCUGUACCAUGCUGUGAAGCCCAGUGUGGUGGUAAUAUAACGUCUCUGAACGGGACCAUCUAUUCUCCCGACCACCCAGCAGAGUACCCUAACUUCCAGGACUGUCUGUGGAGUGUACGGGUUCCCCCAGGGAAUGGCAUCUGCAUCAACUUCACCGUUCUCAACACUGAACCCAUCUACGACUACAUCACCGUCUGGGACGGCCCUGACCAAGGAUCUCCUCAGAUUGGUCAGUUCAGCGGGAACACGCCCCAGAAAGAGGUCUAUACCACAGCCAAUCAUGUCCUCAUCAAGUUCCACAGUGAUUUCAGCACCAGCGGGUUUUUUGUACUUAGUUACCAUGCAUACCAACUGAGAGUGUGUCAGUCUCCUCCAGCUGUUGCCAACGCAGAUAUCCUCACAGAACAUGACGAGUUUGAAAUAGGGGACAUUAUCCGGUACCAGUGCCUGCCAGGGUUCACCCUGUUGGGCUCGGAGAUCCUGACGUGCAGGCUGGGGGAGAGGCUCCAGAUGGACGGCCCUCCACCUCUCUGCCAAGUACAUUGUCCUGCUAACGAGGUCCGCUUCGACUCCACGGGGGUGAUCCUGAGUCCCGGCUACCCAGACAGUUACCACAACCUCCAGACGUGUUCCUGGCUCAUCAACGUAGAGAAGGGCUACAACGUCACCCUCCACUUCCAGCUCUUCCAGACAGAGAAGGAGUUUGACAUCCUGGAGAUAUUUGACGGUCCUAACAUCUACAGCCAGAGCCUGGCGUCCCUCAGCGGUGACAUCACCACGCCCUUUAACCUCACGACCUCUGGUCAUCAGUUGCUUCUGCGCUGGUCGUCUGACCACGGCACCAACAGGAAGGGCUUCCACGUCAGAUAUGUGGGUGAGUAUCAAACGAUGUACUGCAGUACUCCAGACUCCCCCCAGCAGGGUUUUGUAGUGAGCCAGACAGGAGGGCAUCUCAACAGUGUGGUGCGUUGGGGCUGUGACCGGGGCUACCGGCUCAUUGGAAAGGCCACAGCUGUCUGUAAGAAGACGGCCUUUGGGUAUUAUACCUGGGACUCAACGGUACCUGCAUGUCAAGCCGUGGCGUGUGGCGUGCCCACUGCACCGCUGAAUGGAGGCGUCCAGGCUGUUGAUUACUCCGUGGCAGCACGGUUAACCUACUUCUGCAACAACGGCUUCAGGCUCUCCUCCAAGGAUCUCACCGCCACCGUCUGCCAGCCUGACGGCACAUGGAGCAACCACAACAAGAUACCUCGCUGCCCAGUGGUGGUCUGCCCCAGUCUGGGCUCCUUCUCUCUGGACCACGGGAAGUGGACGAUCGUCAACGGGUCCAGCUAUGAGUUCAGAACCAAGGUGGUGUUCAGCUGUAACCCGGGUUACUACCGGCUCGGUCCCGCUCACAUCCAGUGCCUGGCCAAUGGGGCGUGGAGCUGGCGGAACGAACGACCUCGAUGCAGAAUCAUUUCCUGUGGAGAGCUGCCCACUCCUCCUAAUGGGAGAAAGAUUGGAACUCAGACUACCUUUGGAGCCUCCGCCAUCUUCAGCUGCAACCCUGGAUACAUCCUGGUGGGCUCCACUGUGAGGGAGUGCAUGCUGUCAGGACUGUGGAGCGGCACAGAGACUCAAUGCCUGGCUGGUCACUGCGGUAUCCCGGAGCAGAUUGUGAACGGUCAGGCGAUAGGGGAGAACUUCGGAUACAGAGACACCGUGGUCUACCAGUGUAACCCUGGCUUCAGACUCAUAGGAUCCUCGGUCCGUAUCUGCCAGCAGGAUCACCUCUGGUCUGGACAGCUGCCGCUGUGUGUCUCAAUCACAUGUGGCCAUCCAGGCAGUCCCAUCUAUGGGAGAACUACAGGGGACGGAUUCAACUACAACGAUGUGGUCAGCUUCUUCUGUAACCAAGGUUACGUACUGGAGGGAGUGUCCAGAGCCCAGUGCCAGGCGAGUCGCCAGUGGAGUCAACAACCACCUUCAUGUAGAGUGGUGAACUGCACAGACCCUGGCAUCCCAGCUAACUCCAUCAGGGAGAGUAAGAUAGAGCAGGGUGAUUUCACCCUGGGCAGUGUGGUGUUCUACACCUGUAACCCUGGAUACUACCUGUUCGGUUCCUCUGCACUGACCUGUCAACCUAUUGGCCACUGGGACAAACCUCUACCUGAAUGUCUUGAGGAGGACUGUGGGAACCCUGGCUCUCCUCCCUACGGUACCAUGGUUGGGGACAAGUUCUCGUUUGGCUCCACGGUACAGUACUCCUGUUCAGGGGACCGAGAGCUGAUUGGAGAGUCAUCACUCACCUGUCAAAUCAAUGGACACUGGAGUGGACCCAUACCUCACUGUUCAGGAGACUCUGUAGGGAGCUGUGGGGACCCUGGUACACCCGUCCAUGCAAGCAGAGAGGCCAGCAACUUCCAUCUGCGUAGUAAAGUCCGCUUCACCUGCGCUGUGGGCCACACACUGUACGGCUCAGCUGAGAGGAUCUGCUUUCCCAAUGGGACCUGGUCUGGGAGACAGCCCUUCUGCAAACCGGUGCACUGUGGUAACCCGGGGACACCUGCUCACGGCCGUAUUUUCCGGGUCGACGGUACGACCUUCACUCACUCUGUAGUCUACUCCUGUAUGGAUGGAUAUCUCCUCUCAGGCACGCCCACCAGACACUGUCUGGCCAACGGCACCUGGUCUGGCACCGCUUCUAACUGCACCAUGAUCAGCUGCAUUGACCCAGGUGUUCCUGCUAAUGGUCUGAGGUUUGGAGAGGACUUCACUGUGGGCCACAACGUCACCUUCAUGUGCCAGCCUGGCUACCUGAUAGAGGCAGGCGGGGCCACAACUCGCACCUGUACCCACAAUGGCACCUGGAGCGCCACCACGCCCAUCUGCAAAGUGGUGACCUGCCCUCCGCCUCCUCCCAUCCACAACGGGCUCGUGGAGGGCUCCGUGUUUGAGUGGGGUACCAGCGUGAGCUACAGCUGCCUGCCCGGGUACGAGCUCUCCUUCCCGGCUAUCCUCACCUGUGUGGGCCUGGGCUCCUGGAGAGGAGAUCUGCCUCAGUGUCUGCCCAAGUUCUGUGGAGACCCUGGUACCCCAGCCAAGGGGAAAAGAGAAGGACGAAGUUUAAUCUACAAGUCAGAGGUUACCUUCAGCUGUAGCGCCCCCUAUGUCCUGGUGGGGUCAACUACACGCAUCUGUCAGGACGACAGCACCUGGAGCGGCUCUCAGCCACGAUGCAUAGAACCAUCCAGGACGACCUGUGAGAACCCAGGAACACCUGAAUACGGCUCCAUGAACAUCAGCCUGGGGUUCAAGGUGGGCAGUAAGGUGGAGUUCCAGUGCCAGCAGGGCCACCUACUCCAGGGUUCCACCACCCGACUCUGCCUGUCUGACCUCACCUGGAGCGGCUCUCAGCCAACAUGCAUCCCCCAUUCCUGUAAGCAGCCCAAGUCCCCUCCCAAUGCAGACGUGGUUGGGAUGGAGCUGGCUCCGUAUGGCUACACCCUGCUCUACUCCUGCCAGCCUGGCUUCAUCCUGUCUGGGGGGUCAGAACACAGGGUCUGCAGGUCUGAUGGAAGCUGGACCGGUAAGGUCCCCAUCUGCAGAGUGGGCUCCAAACAGAUGGAGAAACCUACCACAACCUUACAGGGAACGCCAAGCCCCAACAUUCACGUCCCUGAUGACGUCUUCGCCCCUGAUUUCAUCUGGAGAGGCUCCUAUGAUUAUAAGAGUCAGAAACAACCGAUGACUUUGACCGUCACUCAUUUUAAUAGCAGCACGGGAAUAGUGAACGCGACGCUAAACGACAGCAACGUGGAAUUCCUGCUCUCUGGAGUGUAUAAGAACCGCGAGGCCAGGUUAAUGCUCCUGCUGUACCACAUGAAAGCCCUGGCCCACAGCACGUAUAGCCGGGUUACCGAGGAGACCUGGGCUAUGGAUGGUUUUGUCUCAGCUGAACCUGACGGGGGCAGUUAUGUAUUCCAAGGCUUCAUCGAGGGGAAAGACUAUGGACAGUUCGGGCUGCAGAGACUAGGUAUGAAGGUGAGAGAGAUCAACAUCACCACUGCAGGUCCUCCUCAUGUCUCCAACAGCAGCUCUAUGGUCAUAGCCAUCCUGGUACCUUUCUUUGGCCUCGUGUUGGCAGGCCUGGGAUUCUAUCUCUACAAACAACGGAAAACAGAUCAGACCCAGUACACCGGCUGUUCAGUCCACGAGAACAACAACGGCCAGGCGACGUAUGAGAACCCCAUGUACGACACCAACACCAAGUCUGCGGAGGGGAAAGUGGUUCGCUUUGACCCCAACCUCAACACCGUAUGCACUGUGGUUUGAAGAUGUGGGUGUGCCAAACGCACCGGGGUUUGACGAUGCUUUUGCCGAACAGGAAAGCUUGUUCAGAAAUGCAUCACUGGUUUGAUGCAACACUGCACUGUGGUUUAUUGAUGCUGUCUGACGAACGGAAUUGCCCGAGAGUUCUUUUGGUAAAAACAUUUUAAAAAAUGGAUGUCUUGUCUUUUAUAAUAUCUGUCUGCAACGAGUUUCUGAAGACGGCACAGCACCGCCUUGGGAAACAGGAAGGCACAGCACAGCCUCGGGAAACAGGAAGGCAAAGCACAGCCUCGGGAAACAGGAAGGCACAGCACAGCCUCGGGAAACAGGAAGGCACAGCACAGCCUUGGGAAACAGGAAGGCACAGCACCGCCUCGGGAAACAGGAAGGCACAGCACAGCCUCGGGAAACAGGAAGGCACAGCACACCUUCAGGAACAACAGUUGUGCGUGUUGUGGAUGAUGGACGGGGUGAAUCAGCAAGCAGAAUGAGACGGUCCUCUUUUAAAAAUACAUCUUCACCUGAUGGGUGAAGUUAUUCCUACCUGCACUCUGAGAGUGAUGCUAUGUGAAUAAUGCCUUUCCUGACAUGUUAGUACACGAGUCGUUUACGCUCCAGUCAACGCAAACAAUGGAGCAUCGUUAAGGCAACAGUCAACGCAAACAAUGGAGCGUCGUUAAGGCAACAGUCAACGCAAACAAUGGAGCGUUGUUAAGGCAACAGUCAACGCAAACAAUGGAGCGUCGUUAAGGCAACAGUCAACGCAAACAAUGGAGCGUCGUUAAGGCAACCAAAUGGAACCCUAGUCUUUUCCAGAUGGAAGUUAUCAGAGCUGGGUUCAAAUAUUAUUCAAAUUCCUUUAGCCUUUUGCUCUAGUCUGCCCCAGAGGGGUGGAGGGGGUUUGUCCUUUUGCUCUAGUCUGCCCCAGAGGGGUGGAGGGGGUUUGUCCUUUUGCUCUAGUCUGCCCCAGAGGGGUGGAGGGG